AUGUUGGCUAGAACAUCACCUCGUGUCGUCACUUGCAACAGCGGCACCAAGUUCUGCUCACACCUCAUCUCUGUUCCUGCAGCAUCUAGCAGAAUCUGCCGACUCCGAAAUCACAUCCACUCCAUAGCGCCAUCCAGACCCCUUGGCGGAACUCCCGGAGCUAUUGUACCCUCGCCGAAGCAGCGCAUUGCAGCGCCUUUCUCUCCGAGACCAACUCGAUACUUCUCCGCCACGCCUAUCGCCACCAUGGCUCAAGACUACGAGACUGUCCUCAAGGGCAAGUACCCGGCCAAGGCCCAUGCCCGCCGUGUCGCCGAUAUUGUCAAGUCCAAAGUUCCCCAUGCUAGCGGUAUCCUCUAUGCCGAGGGUCGCAUGACCAAGCUCAUUGAGGAUAAUGAUGAGCCGGAACCCUUCAGACAGCGCCGCUACUUCUACUACCUGACCGGUUGCCCGCUCGCCGACUGCCACUACAUCUACGACCUCUCCACAUCCGAGUCCACUCUCUUUAUCCCUCCCAUCGACCCUGAUAGCGUCAUCUGGUCUGGCCUGCCCGUUAGCGCCGAGGAGGCCAAGGAUCGUUACGAUGUCGACCAUGUCAAGUACACUACCGAUGUGAAUGCCGAGCUUGUGCGACUGGGCAAAGGCUCCAGCAAGACCGUCUUCGCCAUUGAGGGCCAGGUCUUGGACUCUGUUACCUUCCUUGAGUUUGAGGGCAAGAACUUUAGCGUAUUGAAGACCGCCAUUGAGGAAAGCCGUGUGGUCAAGGACGACUAUGAGAUUGCUCUCACCAGGAAGGCCAACGCCAUCUCUACUGAUGCCCACCAUGCUGUCGUUAAGCAGGUGAAGAAGGCCAAGAAUGAGAGCGAACUGGAAGCUACUUUCCUGUACCACUGUGUCUCCAACGGCGCCAAAGAGCAGGCCUAUCACGGCAUUUUUGCCGGAGGCCGUGCUGCAGCCACCCUGCACUAUGUUGCCAACGAUGCUCCAUUGGAGGGUAAGCUCAACCUUCUCUUGGACGGCGGUGCUGAAUGGAACUGCUACGCCUCUGAUAUUACACGCACGUUCCCCAUUUCCGGCAAGUUCAGCAAGGAAUCUCGUGAGAUUUACGACAUCGUGUUGAAGAUGCAGCUGGAGACCACGGCAGCUCUGAAAGAGGGCGUCGUUUGGGAUGAUAUCCACCUGCUGGCCCACAAGAUCGCCAUCGACGGCCUCCACGCCAUCGGCAUUUUGAAGGGAGACAAGGAGGAGAUUCUCAAGAGCCGAACUAGCGUUGCCUUCUUCCCUCACGGUCUGGGUCACUACCUCGGAAUGGACACCCACGACGUCGGCGGCAACCCCAACUACGCCGACACGGACCCCAUGUUCCGUUAUCUGCGUGUCAGAGGCAAGCUGCCUGCUGGUAGCAUUGUUACCGUUGAGCCGGGCAUCUAUUUCUGCAACUUCAUCAUCGAGCCGUACUUGAAGGAUGCGGCGCAUUCCAAGUUCAUCGACACUGAUGUGUUGAACAAGUACUGGGACGUUGGUGGUGUGAGAAUCGAGGACAACAUCCUCAUCACCGCUACUGGCAGUGAAAACCUGACGCCGACCAUCAAGGACCCUGAUGAGUUGGAGAAGAUCAUUCAGGCCAGCUAA